AUGGGCUCAAAUGCUUUAGUUGAUGCAACAGCUGAAUUUACUCAGAGAAUAACUUAUUUACUACCAUUUAGACAAGCAUUACAUGAAAUAAAAAGGAGAUUGUUCUUCGCAGAUUUUUUAUGGUUUUUAAAAUUUGAUCGACGAUAUUGGCAAACAUUAAACUGUAAUUUUGCGUAUUAUGUCGCUUCAUCGGACGAUGUAGCUGUGUCUCCUAGUGGCCGUGGUUUUGUAUUAAGUUUGUUGGGAUAUUCAUUCAUAAAUUCAAAUGGAUCUGAUUACAAUCAAAUUGAUAAAACAUUAAAUAAAAUUAAUAAUUUAUUAUUGUUAACAAAGUCAUUAUCAGACAAUCAGAUGGAAAUUGACGAAGAUUAUAGCGUAUAUACUCUCGAUGAUUAUGAACUUGGAUGUCUCAUUGGUCACGGAUGUCUAAACAAUCUUGAAGAAACUAAUACAGAAAUAUUAUCUCAAUCUUCAAAUUCACUGAAAUCACUUCGUGAUGAUCAACUUCUCGAUGAUAAUGAUGAAAACUUAAAAGAAGUUCGUUACUGUGCAUCAGUAAAUCUUAAGUCUAACAGUGGUAAUUUUGAUUCUCCUAUUUUACCAGAAGGUCAUUUUAAUUUGGCUAUUAAAAUGAUGUUUAACUAUGGUGUUCAAUCGAAUAGCGCAUCUCUAUUAAAAGUAAUGGACAGAGAAUUGUUACCAUUGAAAGAAGUCCAACAUCCAAAUAUAGUCCGAAUCUAUUCUUAUUUUGUUGAUAAUUUUCCAUUGUUACCCGAAGCAUAUCAAUACUAUCCAAUGGCCAUACCUAGCAAAUAUGGACCAGAUGGUUAUGGCCGAAACAAAACAUUAUUUAUCGUCAUGAAACGAUAUGAUAUGACAAUAACUGAAUAUUUGAGAGAAAAAGAUCCUUCAAUCGGUGAUCGUCUUUUAUUGAUGUCACAAAUGUUUGAAGCAUUGUUAUAUUUAAAUCAACAAUCGCUUGUACAUCGGGAUCUAAAAUCAGAUAAUAUUUUAGUGUGCAGUGAAACAGGUGAAUUAGUUUUGGCUGAUUUCGGUUGUGCAUUAAAAUGUACUUCAUUAUUAAUUCCAUAUGUAACAGAUGAAACUGCAAAAGGAGGAAAUUUAGCGCUCAUGGCUCCAGAGAUUCUAUUGUGUCAACCUGGACCAUCGUCCUAUCUGGAUUAUCGUAAAUCUGAUUUAUGGUCAUCUGGUACAAUAUGUUAUGAACUAUUCGAUGAGACAAAUCCGUUCUUUAGUGGACAUUUAAGAAAUGAUACAUAUACAGAUAAACAGUUACCAGAAAUACAAAAUGUACCGUUGAUUAUUGAAAAAAUCAUACAUUCAGUGUUGAGAAAAAAUCAUAAACAAGUAUGUACCACAAGCACGUUCAAGUGA